CAAGCAAUCAACUAAAUUCAAUUCGUUCACAUGGCACCGAAAAAAAAAGAGGAAGAGCGCGAAUUUUGUGCCGGAUCAUUUACAUUUCAAGAUGGCAGCGUAUAUGAAGGCCACUAUAUCAAAAAGGAUACAUCUACUGAUCUGACGCAACAAGUUUCUGGAAGUCGUCUCUCUGCAACAGCUGCGUCAAAAUUGAACACUAGUACACAUAGUCUAGAGCGAGGAACUUCCGCUCCGACAGUGAUUCCGCAGGGUCUUGGGAUAUUUCGUGAUUGUAGUGGGGCCAUCUACGAUGGUCAGUGGUUAGAUGGUAAGAUGUACGGGACUGGUACCUUAACCUUUCCGAGCGGUUGCUAUUAUAAAGGAGAAUUUUUGGCCAACCAUUACAACGGGGUGGGAAAGUAUGCAUGGCCAGAUGGCUCAUAUUAUAAAGGGGAGUGGAGACAGGGUAUGAUGCAUGGGAGUGGUAUGUACAUGGAUGCUUCAGGGAGAUGCUGGCAUGGAGUUUUUACUGAUGGUGUAUGUACUUCUGCAGUUGCCGAGCAGGUUUUUUAGAGGGGAGGCACGUUUGAAGCGAAAUGCACAAACACACCCAAACAUUGGGUACAUUAAUUGAUAAACUUCACAAUGUUAUGGCAUUAUUCUUGUUACUUUUUUUAUAUGUAAACCAUGAUCUGCGAUUGUUUUUU